AAUGUGCACGACUUGAAUCCCGUGUCCGUAUCCAAUUUCCAAACGAACUCUCUGGUGGAUCUACGUACGUAUCACGGAUCUCCACUGAAAGUGUCGUCUGGGUCCUACUCUCAUUUUCAACUAACGGCGUUAGUCUUCGUUUAAUUAUUUGUUUUUCCUUUUUCGUCUUUUUCUGGAAUAAGUUUCCUCUUGCUUGUUCUAGAAUUCCGGUGUGCGUAUAUACACAUUAUAAUUUUAUUUAUACAUAUAUUCAUCGUCAACUACUACACAUACUGCAAACGAAGAAGCAAAAUCAAUGGCGAACACGGAAACAGAAACAGAAAAGAAACCGGUGAUGAUCGUGGGAAUCGAUGACAGCGAUCACAGUUUUUACGCACUUGAAUGGACUCUGGAUCACUUUCUAGCACCUUCUGCUCCCAACACUCCCUUCAAGCUAAUCGUUGUUCAUUCCAAACCUUCCCCUACUUCCGCUGUAGGUUUCGCCGGUCCUGGUGCGGCUGAUGUGUAUCCGUUUGUUGAUUCGGAUUUGAAGAAGAUCGCUGCGAGAGUAGCGGAAAAGGCGAAGGAGCUCUGUCAUUCGAAAUCGGUGGAUGAUGUGCUUGUUGAAGUUGUGGAAGGUGAUGCUAGGAAUGUUCUAUGUGAAGCUGUAGACAGGCACCAUGCUACUAUGUUGGUGGUUGGUAGCCAUGGUUAUGGAGCAAUCAAAAGGGCGGUUUUGGGGAGUGUAAGUGACUAUGUUACUCAUCAUGCGCACUGCACCGUGAUGAUUGUGAAGAAGCCGAAGACCAAACACUCUGGUUAGCUUUAACCCGAGUAAGCGACGAUGAUUGUUUUCACUAUUUAUAUUCUUCCUAGUCUUGGCUUUAGAAGGUUAAGACAUGAUUGGCUUGUGUCAACUGCCUGCAAUUUGAAACUACUUUGAUCUUUGUUGCAAUAUAUUUGUGUGUGUGUUUAUCAGAAAUGUAUGAUCAUAUUAUGGAUUAAUCCAUUUUUAGUUGUAUAAAAAAUGAUGCCAAUAUGAUUUGGAUCUUGUGGAGAGCAA